AACCUCAACGGCAUCCCCUUCAUGGGACAGAUGCUGAAGAUCGGCCGCCCCUCCAAGUACCAGGGUCCCGCGACCCCAUCGUCCACUUGGCAGCGGCUGACCGGCCAGGAGUCUGCUGACAACGUCGUCGACCCCUCGACUAAGGUCUACCGGGAGCUCUACAUCGGCAACACGAGCCCGGACAUGACGGACAUGGUGCUCAAGGACUUCCUCAGCAGCACCAUGCAGAAGGUCGGUUUCGCUCAGAAAGAGGGAAGCCCGAUCAUCCAUGCCAGGGUGUCCGGAAACUUUGCGUUCGUGGAGUGCCGCACUGUAGAAGAGACGACCGCCCUUCUCAACCUCAACAACAUCCCUUUCCUGGGACAGGAGCUGAAGAUCAACCGUCCUUCCAAGUACCCCGGCCCCGACACGCCUCACCUCAACUGGCCCGAUGUACUCGCCAGGUUCACAUCUGGAAACCCCACCGCGGCUUUGCCCGCCCCGGCAACCACCUUCGGCGGCAUCGAGUCGGCCCAGGCGGCUGCGCAGGCUGCGGUGGCCGCCCUCGUGGUGAACAUGCCCCGCCCCACCACCACGCUGCGGCUGAACAAUAUGCUCACGGCCGGGGACCUCGCGGACGAGAGCAGCUUCGGCGACAUCGAGGAGGAGACCAAGGAGGAAUGUGAGAAGUUCGGCAGCGUCAAGUCUGUGCACAUCCCCCGCCCUAGCACGACAAGCGAGGCGGAGAAGCCGGGCGUGGGGUAUGUGUUCGUGGCCUUCGAUGCGGUGGACUCGGCUUCCAAGGCGGCGGCUAGCCUCAGGGCGAGGACUUUCGACGGCCGCAAGGUGGAGGUGACCUACUGGGACGAAGACAAAUUCAACGACAGAGUCUUCAAUGAAACUGGCAAUGAUGAAGCGGUGCAAGCAGCCGCUGCCACAAACGGAAGCGCAGCAUAAUCUGUUUUGUUUCACGCCGGACGCGGUUGGAAGGCAGCCGCAGCUCGUGCAAAGGCCCUAACAGCAGUGUUGACUGUGACCUGGAGCAACGUUCGCCGAGCUUAGCUGACCAACCGAAAACCGAAGGGGUGGGGCAGGCGUGCACUAGUUAUGGACUAGCAAUUUUUAGAAUCGACAGCCGCAAACUUAAGCUUCCGCAAGGGCCGGCGCGGAGCAGAGGGGACCGCGCGUUCGUGAGCGAUUCAUUCGCCGCGUUCUGCUGUUGGGUAGUGCUGUACAACCAGAGGUCGCAGGUUUUGGUGGUACGACUAGGUUGGUGUGCCCCGCAUGUGAAGCACUGCUCCCAACAGCCAGCGGCUUUUGUUCGUUCAGUCCCGAGGUUUUUCCGCAAACGUUGACGUUCUUGUCGCGAAACUUCGGCGAUGCUGCUGCAUUGAUGUCAUGGCGACGUGUCGCGUUCACGCUUGCUCGGACGACAUCGUCGCGAACGUGGCAUUGCAGCUCUGUCGGCCGCUGCUGCCCUCUGUGUUUUGUUGGCGGUGGUGGUUUGAUAUGAUGCCCUAUUUUUUUUUAACACUCGCCGCAAGGAGGCACUGGAUACAUGGUACAUGCUCUUUCGAAGUGCUUGAAGAGAUUGUAUGCUAGUGCAAGAGAGCCGUUGCGUCGCUGCCAUGCCCCCGUUGUGCUCCUCGCAAACAACUGCCGUAGUUGUGGACCCAGUGCACAGAGAUGGGGGUGUCAAAACCCUCGUCGUACGCAGGUCGUUCGAACGCGGCCAGUCGGGGUGCGUUCUUUUUGCGAAUCGAAGUGUGUUCUUGUUGCCUGCCUCUUAAUGUGUGUUUUGAUUGAUGGGAAGGACGCGUCGACCGCACCACCGUGACGUCUUGUGACUUCUCCGGCGUCACGGCACGGUAAUUUACCGGCUUGUUGUGGGACAGGCAGAUUCCAGAAGAAACGUUUGUUUACGGCGAGGCGUGAUACGAGCUAAAGUCCGCGCCCCGUGGACCUUGCGAUUCACCACUUGGUUUGAGGUUACUGACUCGUGGACACCUGUCGGGAGCAACAUGCGGCGGCAUGCUCAGAAAUUCUGUAAGCGCCGAGUUUAGUCGGUGUGACUGUCGUCAAGCAAGCCAGGGUGGGCGUGUCGCCAUGCGGGAAGUACGCUCUGUGUUUCUAUUUCUGUGUGGAUCUUGGCAAACUAUGUGGGGAAAGAAUGAACGAACGAGUGAACGGAAUCGAGAAAGAGUCCCUCACUACUGCUGUUCUAAAGUUCCCG